AUGGCAUCCCACAUUCCUGUGACGCAUAUACCAUGGAGCAAUGUUCAUCAGGAGAUUGCAUUUUCCAGAGGCCGGGAAUUCAAUGAAGAGAUGGACAUAGCCGUCCCUAACUACCUCGUGGAUAGACGCAUCCUCAAGAGCAUAGAAUUUACCAAUUUGGCCUACAUUGAGGCAUAUGUCAAAAAGUGCCCUGCCAAUGUCGACCGAUACUUCUACUUGGAGACAUUUACAUCGCUUAGUCCGAUGGCCUGUAAUAUAGUCAUAGCUAAUUUGUUAGGAUUUGCACUUCUCUAUCGCAGCAACGAAGCUGUGAAGCUACUACUUACACUUGGAUCAAAACCCUUGCAGCCGGCAUACUUCAUUGACUGGUCCAUUGUUGCUGAAAGUGGACACAAAGUAAUAAUUCAUGAGGCCCCAACUGCCAUCCUAAUUGCCAGCAGUCUUCAAAGAGAAUCAAGAUCAGUAGUCAUUGAACUCAUGAUAAUAUUUCGAGACUCUGACCUUGAUUUUCAAACCCCAGUAGACAUACGGAGGCAACAACUAGAGCGACCAAACGCCUCCUCCUGCAACUUGAUUCGUUGUUCAGAUGUGUGGGAAUGCCUUGAUAAAGAAAUAGACAAGUGUUCCGAAGAGGUUCAGCCAAAGUUUAAAACAUUUCUAAAGGAAUUAAAAGCAGUUUAUCGUAUUAACAAGCUAGACAAACUGAAAGAAAUAAACUGA